AUGGAUCAUUCACCAAAUAGACCUUCUGUGUCUCCUCUGUCAAAAACUCGUAUGCAAUCUGAAUAGAGCCUCAAAUUACAAGAUCUAAAGUAUAAGGAAAAACUAUUGCAAAUGGAUAAGAUAAAUGCAAAAUUGUAGUCCUAACUGGAUGAGACCCUCUUGGAACUAGAAAAGGCAAAUAAGAACCUACACCUUCAGAAUCAGAUGAAGGAAACACAAGACAAUGAGUAUCUUAGACUUUUGAAAGAAAAUGAAUUGCUUAAGGGAGAUCUAUAAUUUAAACUUCAAGAGAACGAACUCAACAAGUAGAAGUUAGCCUAAUAGAACAAAUAAUAUUAAUCUUCCCUUGAAAACCUCAAAGAAUAAUAUGAAUAGCUCUAACAGUCAUUAAUGAAUAAGUAUAUAAUAGAAAUGAAUUAAAAAUUACAAGAUCAAAAGCAACAAUACGAUAACUUUAGUAAAUUGCAGACUGAGAGACUGAAAGAGAAUGAACAUUUGGAAAAAUAGACAUAGGAAUAACUUUUAGAUUGUAAAUAAUAAAUUUAAGAAUUUUUAAUUAAAAUAAGCGAACAAAAGCAAUAGAUCGAAUCACUCCACAAAUAAUCCAACAUUGAGAAGCAGAUUAUAGCUGAUAAAGAAUUGUAAGAAUAGCUCCUCCUGAAAAAAAUAGAAUAACUUCAUAUAGAACUCAGCAGAGUGACUACUGAUUUAGAUAUUUCUAAAGAGAAAUACAUCAGAUUGGAAAAACAAUAUGAGGAAAGUAUUACCAACAUAGUUCAAAGCAAAGAUUAAUAAGCUGAGGAACAAACGAGCAAAUUAUAUUAACAACAUGAGUAAUCCAUUCAAAAUUUAACAUAACAAAAUCAGGAUAUUUGGAAAUAGCUAUAAGAAUUAAAAUCAAUUAACCAAGUCUAAUAGAAAGAAAUUGCGAGAUUGUCCCAUUCAAAUCAAUAGCAAGAGUAGGAUUUGACUGAAAAGGACAAAAAAAUAAAAGACUUAUCACUUAAUACAAAUUAAUCUUCUGAAUAAUGUAUUAUCCUCUAACAACGCUUGCUUUAGACUGAGUAGGCAUUACAAUUAUAUAAGUCUUAAUUAGAUGAUUUCAAAUAAACAAGAGGGGAUUUUGAACAAAGAAUGAUGGAAAGAAGUAAAGGAAUAUUGAGAUAAAAAGAACAAGAAUUCCAAUAAGUACAAUAGUUGAAUGAGCAAAGGAUUGCUGAAUUGACUUAAGAAAUUGAAAGAAUGGAGAACGAGCAUUAAAAUUAAAGUUUUAAAUAGUUAUAAGAAAAACUUAUGAGUGAAUCUAAUGUUAAAUCCUUAUAAGUGAAGAUUGCUGGAAUUGAAGAAUAGAAUUAUGCCUUAUCAUAAUAACUAGAAGAAACAAGAUAAGAAUUAUUACAAAAAUCAACAAUGUCUGAAAAUUUAAGUAUUCAAUUGAACAAAGAGAAAACUUAUAACUAAACUACUCUUAGAAUAUAAAAGAAUCAGAUGUCUGAUUUGUAACAAAAGUUAAAAGAAUAUUAAGUGGAAGUGGAUAGACUAUCAAGUGAUGUUAGAGAAAGAGAUGAUAUCUUAGAAAGCUAAAGAGUUUAAUUUGUCAAUGAGAAAAAUGAAUUAGAAUAGUAAAUCAAAAUUAUCUUUGAAAAGUUGUCAUAGUAAAGAUCUAGAAUCCAAGAACUAGAUGAUCAAAGUUAUUAAUAAUAAUGCUAAAUUCAGAAACUGUCUGUAGAAAGGGAAAAAUUAGAAAAGGAUUUGAAAUCAUUAACUAUUACAACUACUGAAUAAAUAAGAAAACAAUAGGAACAAAUUGUUAACUUUAAUAAAUAAAUUGAGGAGAAUUAAUCAACUAUUCUUCAAAAUGAAGAGUAAUUAAUGAACAAUGAGACAUAGAUCGCAGAACUUUAAAAUUAACUUGAAGAUCAAUAUGCUUAAAAUUAAAAAUUAACCAAAGAUGUCAAUGAAUUAAAUGAUGAAUUAGAGGAAACUAGAUAAGAUAGAGAGGCUAAGAUUUAAGAGAUGGAUUAGUGGAAAAGAUAGUUUAAAUAAAAUAAUGUUCCUUUGUCUGACUAUGAUUAAAUAAAAAAGGAAGCAGAACAAUAUAAAAAUAAAUCGAUGGAUCAAGAAUAACUAAUCAAUAAAUUGGAAACACAAUAAUAAGCAAAUAGUAAGGAAAUCUAUCACUUGUAAGAUGAAUUAUCAUCAUACAAAUCUAAUUUUUAAGAUAUUCAAUAAUAGUUAGUAAAUAAGAAGAAAGAAAAUGAUAAUAUGAGCACUGAAUUAGAGAACUUGAAAAGAGAGUAACAAAGAACAUUGAAUUAAUUAAAGGAUAUUGAGCAAAGAGAUGCAUAGAAUAGUGAAUUAGUCAUUAAAUAGAAGAGGGAAAUUUAGAGAUUGAAUGAUGAUAUGGAAACUAAAAAUAGACAAUUAGGCAAUAUGGAAUAAUAAUUAAAUAAAAAGUUUGAUGAGGUAGCCUCUAAAUAAAGAGAAAUAGAGGAAUUGAAGAGAAAGUCCCAAUAAGAUGCUCUUGGUAGGAUGACUACAAGUCCAUCUUAAAAAUCUGUCAUGAUGGCUUCAUAAAAUAUGGCUGCUCGCUCUACUGCCAAAGGGUUAACUACUAAAAUAUAGGAUUAAUAAAAUUGA